AAUGCCCAUUUGCACCAACGUUAGCAGUAAGCAUUGCUUAGCUAAGCAAUUCUUAAAAGUAACUACUUCUUAAAUUGUACAGUUGUUGCACCGUCACUGCUUAGACUCUACUUAACCAAGUAAUACUUAGUUGGGGAAUUGUGUAAAAGUUUCAUUUCUAUUGGCAACACUGACGUUUGUUGUUAUUGGAACAUCAAAAAUUUUAGGUUAGUUUGUUGUGUGUACGACAGUCAAUGACACCGCGCGUAUGUAGUUGUGAUAUUGUUGAAUUAAUUUUAUGUGGUGUUGAAUGUGUGUUUAAAAAAUGGAUGUGUUCGACGCGUACGAGGAUGACUUAGAAGUCAUUGAAAUUGUUGAGAUGGGAAUUCCACGGCAGAUGUACACUAGAGCUGAUCAUUUCUAUGGUUUACCAGAGCUUCAAUUUUUCCAAAGAUUUCGACUAACAAAACCAACAGUUUUACAUUUAUUAACGUUAAUUGAAGAACGUUUGGAAUUUCCUACAGACAGAAAUCAGGCGGUGUCACCUAUAAAUCAGCUGCUUACUACAUUACGAUUCUUUGCAAGCGGGGGCCAUUUGAGUACAGUAGCGGACUAUAUGGGAAUGCACAUCUCAACUGUGUCGAGAAUAAUUAGACGUGUAUCGGACGCUAUAGCAAGGCUUUACCACCAUUUUAUUAAGAUGCCCCAAACUCUCAUGGAGCAAAGGCUUAUUCAAAAUGGUUUUUUUGACAUCGCGAGAUUCCCAAGAGUGAUUGGGGCCAUUGAUUGCACUCAUAUCAAAAUUGAAUCACCAGGUGGAGAAAAUGCUGAAGUUUUUCGCAAUCGGAAAGAUUAUUUUUCAAUUAACGUUCAAGCCAUGUGUAAUGCGAAGUUUUUAAUAUGUGUAAAAAUACAUUGCAUUUGUUUUCAGGUGAUGGUGGCUAUGGUGUAAGACACUAUUUUUUUACACCAUUAUUAAAUCCACACACUCAAGAAGAGCAGUUGUAUAAUGAAGCUCAUAUUCGUACAAGAAAUGUCAUCGAAAGAACUUUUGGUGUCUGCAAACGAAGAUUUCCUGUGCUAGCAUAUGGAUGUCGAUUAAAAAAAGAAACUGUUUUGAGUAUUAUAAUUGCGUGUGCAGUCCUGCAUAAUAUAGCUCGACAAAUGGGUGAAGAUGAACCUCCUCUCCCAGCUGACAUUAACCAGCAUGAACUGCAGCGACUUAUUGAAGAUGGUCAAAUACCAGAGGUCAAUGUUAUUGACAACCAAAGGAGGGGCAGUGAAAUUAGAAGAAAUUUUAUAACAAAUUUUUUUGGAAAUUUAUAAAUUUAACAAAUAAAUGUUUUAUUAAUAUUUUA